GUCAGAGCGUCAGCUGGCUGAAUGUUUACAUCCAGCAGUGGUGUGUUUCUGACUGGAUCCCUCCAACAACAAAAGGCUGAACACAAGGAAACCCGCUAACACAGAGCAUAUCAGUCGGCGUUUUCUCCAGUCACCAUGGGUGGAGCUGUAAGUGCCGGUGAGGACAAUGAUGACUUAAUUGACAACCUGAAGGAGGCUUACUACAUCCGCUCAGACCUAGUUGAGCGGGCUUUUCGAGCCAUCGACCGGGCUGACUAUUACCUGGAUGAGCACCGGGACAAUGCUUACAAGGACUUGGCGUGGCGGCAUGGAAACAUCCAUCUGUCUGCUCCAUGUAUCUACUCUGAGGUGAUGGAGGCUUUGGAUCUUCACCCCGGCCUUUCCUUCCUCAACCUCGGCAGUGGGACUGGCUACCUCAGCACCAUGGUCGGCCUCAUACUGGGACCAUUUGGAGUGAAUCAUGGAAUAGAGUUACAUGCAGAUGUGAUUGACUAUGCCUACCAGAAGCUCGACUCCUUCAUCAAAACCAGCGACAGCUUUGACAAAUUUGAAUUCUGUGAGCCAUCCUUUGUUGUGGGUAACUGCCUGGAGAUUCCCCCAGAGAGCCGUCAGUAUGACAGGGUGUACUGCGGGGCCGGGGUACAGAAGGAGCAUGAGGAUUACAUGAAGAACCUGCUCAAGAUGGGGGGCAUACUGGUGAUGCCUCUGGAGGAAAAGUUGACCAAGAUCACCCGUACAGGGCCCAACAGCUGGGAGACCAAAAAGAUCAUUUCUGUGUCCUUCGCUCCUCUGGUGCUGCCAAAACACAGCACAAAUGGCAAACCCAAGACUGCCCCACUACCCAAGUAUGAGGUACGGACGUUACAGGAGCUGGCUCGUAUCUGCAUCCGCCACACCCUCAGAGUGACCACAGAUGGAGGAGACAGCCAAUCACGCGGUCGAGGGUCCUCGUUCAGCGUAGGCAGGGGUCUUGCAGUGGCCGGGCUCCAUAAGUACGGCCCUCGCUUCAAACGCAGACGCGUCCACCGACGUCACUGCAACGCCCUCGUCCUGGCCACGCGCCAGGUGGUGGCCAGCAGUGGUAUCGGCCCUGCCCCUCUGGACAGCAACAACAACCAGGGAGGAAGAGCGGAGGACGAGGAGGAGGCAGGAGAGAGGGAGGUGAGACGUCAGAUGAGAGGGAGCAGGAGGGCGGGGAGGGGAGCAGGAGGGGUGGUGGAAGAGGAGGAGACAGUUGAGGAAGAAGAUGAAGAGGAGGAGCAAGAGGAGGAGGAGGAGAAGGAGACUGGGGAGCUGCUCCGACCCCAGCCGGCCGUGAACGUCCUCAGAGAGAGGAUACUGGGCCUGCCGUUGCCCGAGCCUCUGAAGAUGUACCUGCUGUACUACAGAGAAAAAUGAGCCAGCUGAGGCCACAGCCAGGUCCUGAGUCAGAGCCCAGAGCUGAGAGCAUCAACCAAGCAGAGGCUCAAGUCUCUGUUCCAACUCCCCCUCCACCUGUACAAGGCAGGACGACAAGCCACCUACCUUACUGACCCCCAGCUCCACCGUGGAUCUCUUUCUCUCUUCCCUGCUCUCGUCUUCUCCAUCACCCAUUUGCUUUCCCACUCCCUCUUUUUCCCCAUUGUUCUUUACCUGAUUUAUUUCCAUAAUACACGUUAUAGUACAUAAUACAUAUCUAACGUAUAUCUAACAUGCCAAUCAAGCCUUGCCUGACAAGAGUUUAGCAGUGGUCUGAGUAUCCACAGCUUGUAAAAGGCAACUCAGUGGUGCUGAGAAAGAAAACCAUCAUUGUCUAGUCUACAGUGGCAGACUAGACAUUGCAAGAGUUCAGACACUGUAGCAACAAGCAGAGACAGCAGCUUACCCAUAGACCAGAAGGCAUAGGACUGUCCCAGCUCUUUUCUGUUCACUAAUUACAGCCGUGCCCCAAGUUUGAGAUUAAACACUGAUUGUAUAAGUUGUGUGGAAGCGAGUGUGUCCGCAUGAGGUGGUGUGUAUUAUCAUCUAAUGGGGAUGGUGUAGUUUUAGAAAGGUGGACACAGAAUGGGCCCAAAGCUCAACUCAUUGAGGGAACAUUCAAUGAUGUGAGAGUUCUGUUUUCUCUUUCACUAAAUCAUAUUUAGUGAUAUUGUAGCUACAGUUGGUGACCAAGAUGACUUGGCAGCUGUGACUAUUUCCACUGAUUUUCCAAAUAAAAGGGGAGCUUUAUAUUGAGCCCUCAGUCCAUUAAAUAAUUUCACUAAAAUGAUCUGCCUUUCCAAGGCCAAGGGUUCAUCAUCAUUUCAAGCAUUUUUAGGAGACUACUUGAUUUAAUAGAAGGUUGAGUUUUCCCCUUUUCUAUGCAUAUAAAAUUGAAAUGCAACACUUUUGUUUUUGCUCCCAUUUUCCACUUUUGGUCGUUAAUCUGUUCAAAUCUGUGUUAUACCCCUUUUUGACAGUCAUGUGCUGGCUUAGCUUGGCUUGGUUUGGUUUGGUCUGACCUCUCAGCCCAGCGUGGCAGGGAUUUACAUCUCUAUUACAACAGGGCUACCCACUUGGAGAUGUGCGGGCACCCUUUUGGCCCUAUUUCAGAAAAGGUCCAUCACUGGCAAGGCUCAGCAUGUUAAAACUGACAAAGGAAAUGCCAAUCGGCACCUCAAGGUUUUACUCGACGGCCAAAAGAGACAAUAAAAAGGGCUUGUUAGUGAGCACUUCUCCUUUUCCAAGAUAAGCCAUCCACCUGAAUGGUAAAUAGACAAUUGCAAUUGUAUCGCACCUUUCUAGUCUUCCGACUACCCACAGUUGCCCAUUUACAGGUGCCACCUGCUGCACACCUGAUUUAACACACACACACACACACACACACACACACACACACUGAUGGAAAAGCAAUCGGGAGCAAUUGGGGUUCAGCAUCUUGCUCAAGGAUACUUGUUUUGAGGACGUGGACUGGAGGAGCCGGGGAUCAAACCACUGCUCUUCUGAUUAAUAGACGACCCGCUCUACCUCCCAAGCCACAGCCGCUCCCUGUCAAGGAUGUCAAGAUGCAGAUUAAACAGUAUCAUUACUACCCAGGUGUGUCUUGGGAUGGUCACAAUAAAA